CACAAGUUUCAAUGGAGAAGAAGAUGGAAUGAUUUCGAUCCCUGAACCAGUUUUUCCCAAGUUAGUAUACGAAUCAAAAGGUAAACAUCAAAAUCCCCCUCGUGCUGUUGAUGGUUUUAGUAGCCCUUCCAAUUUGAUAUCGAGAGCGUUUGAUUUAUUAGGGCUCAAAAGCAUUAAGAAUUCAUUCAAGUUUGGGGAUUUUGUAAGAAUAACAUCAUAGGAUGAGAGUCUAGUCAAAGAAGGUCUUGUGAUAAACAAAAACACUUUCUGGUAUCGUACAAGUAAUGAACCUUGGGAAUUCAUUCAAUUCAUCGGAAAGGAUGGCAUAAGUUCGAUGGCUUUCGAUUGUAUCAAAAGUAUUACCGUGUUAGAAAGAAAUGAGGCUGAAAAAUUAUGGGAUGAAAUUAAAGUUGCAGCUCGUGCCGAGGAGAAGGAUUUUGAUGUUGUGCCAAGAGGUUAUGAAACUUGGUUUGAAGUUGAACUGUUUGAUGAUAUAUGAAACUAACUGGAUACAAUAUCACCCUCUCGGCCUUCCUGGAAGAGAUGGAGCGAAAACAACUGGCUGCACAGGCACAAUGUCAGGAUUCACAGAAGGAAACGAAGGAUGCUUCAAGAAAGACAGAGAAGCCAUCAAAUGGGCAGCAACAAGGGGUUUAAAAACAGAUGAAUCAUUACUCUUAACAUCUGAUCCUGCAUAGCGAAGCUAAAAACAUUUCGUUAAGUGAUUUAUUUAGACGACUUCUGAGGAUCCCUGCUAUUGACUCACACUCAACUCAGGUUCUUUAAACUUCCAUUUUCU